AUGGCGAGUCGCGAGCUGCCGCUCUCCUUGCUCGAUGCAGUGCGAGCGCAACUCACCCUCGACUCGGACUCGGACAGGUCUGUUUCGCCAGUGAGAAAGAUUGUCUCGAUCCCUGAGAGAAGGCCAGUCCGACCGUUGGACGACAAUCCUCUUGCCAGCAGUACGUCCACUAGUGGCAGCUUCGUCUACAUCGAUAGCACAAACGACCACGAGCCUUUCCCGGAUUUCGACGAGACACUCUCCGAAGCUUACCACGAGUGCGAGCAAGCAUACAAUGAGGCUGUUGCUGCGGCCAUGCAGGAAGAGAUCCUCGCCAAAGAAGUCGAGCCUGGCCUUGUUGCUCCGCCAGGCCAGCCCGAGACCAAGAAAAGGACUCUAGACAGAAUCAAGACGGUUCUAUCGAAUCCUCAGCUGCGUUCCUCUACACGCAAGCGAUUCAUCGCCCUCUGCAAUAUGGUCAUUCGUCUUGACCACGUUCUUUUUCGUCGCAGUGAGAGCUUUCUGGGCCCUCAAGAUACGGCUGAUGCGCAAGAAAUCACCACUGAGAUGUUAUCAUAUAUCUCCUGGGUCGAUGCUCUCCUACAGCAGCUGGUGGAGACGGCAGGGCGAGUUUCCUACAUGCUGGCGUUGAUUGAGGAGGAAGAAGACGCAGUGGUAGUCCGGUACCGACAGAUGGCAUCGGUAGUAGCUGCUCAUCUCCGGAAGCCACGCUUCCUGGAACAACGUCUCCUCUCCCUGUAUCUUGACCUCUACGAUGAGUGGAUCCACAACCGAUUUCUUCACAUGAGCAACCGCCAGAUUCUACAGGAGGAUAAGAUUGACCCGGCUCGUCUGGAUUUGACUCGCCAUCUACAUUCCAUCUGGGAAAUCCUGUCACGGUCGAUUGAGAAUUAUGCGCUGUACCGUGAGGCUCUGCAGGAAAUCAGAGAUGAAUACUUUACACCAACAAUGGAAGAGAUGCCUAAUGCCCCCGAUAUGGAGCCUGGCUUAGCUGAAGAACACCACCAGGAAGAUAGUUCUUAA